CCUUACCAUUUGCUAUCGUAGGCGCUUGGUAAAAUGAAGUGUGAAAAAUGCCAGCUUAGCAAACUUCACCGGGAAUUCCCUCCAGACAACAUGACGGAGGAGUGCGAUCAUGCACCGCUACACUGUCUAAGGUGUGUAACCGAGCAUGUAAAAGCAAACAAGGCCUGCUCGCAAUGUGAGGCAAAGAUAACACUGGACAACCCAGUCUAUCUCGAGUGCUUAUCUACUCUCGGACGGCUUUUCCCAGAAGUAGGACCGGGUGAAUUCAUCAACAUUCCUGUGCCUUCGGGGGAGCAGCCCACACUAACUGUUGCCAUGAUGGGAGGGGAGACUACAGUGAUACCUUAUAACCCAGUGAUGUCUAUAGCUGAGCUGAAACUCAAGAUAUCUCAAAACAUCAGGGUGGAUCGCUUGAAGCAGAGGCUAAUGUAUAAUGACACAGAGCUAAAGGAGAACAAGGGAUCUGGCAAGCUGAGUGAAUUUGGUGUCCCCCCGUAUGCCACCAUCAGCCUUAUUGUUGUGCUGUAUGAAAUUCCCGAGAGUUUUGAUCAAGUGAUCUUCGACUUGUACUGGGGGUACCCUUCUCAUGGACAAGAUUAUCUCGAUGCUUCAGUUCUACUAUACAGUGGAAAUUGUUUCUUGGAGGUGUUGGAUUUUAGACAUCAAAAGUGCAAUGUCUCGCCAGGGGCUAUUAGACACUCGGGGGACGUCAUGGAUGAUAACAAUCGUCUUGGUCAUCACACGAUCAACGUAACGCUCAAAAGUAUCCCCCCUCACAUCAACAAAUUAUUUUUCACUUUAAGUGCAUGGAAUUCCCCAAACAUUUCCAAAUACAAGAACCCAAGCCUAAAAUUCUACGACGCGAGCUAUCCUGAUAAGCAACUGUGCAGCGAUUCUAUGGAGCACGCUGCAUAUUCGCAGGCGAUCAUCAUGUGCAGUCUUUGCAAGAUAGAUGAGGUAUGGAAGGUGUUCAGCUUGAGGAAGAUCUCACAGGGUAAUGCAAAGAAUUACGGGCCAAUCCAAACCACGAUUGGUAACAUUAUCAGCAGUGGCUUGUGCUAAAUUCAGACAGACAGAAGACAUACAGUCGAUUGACAAAAGGUUCUCGUCAACCGGCUUCGCGACUACGCGACAAGCCCGCAUGAAAGCAUGCGUAAAAACCACUGAAGCGCCUAGCUGCACAUAUUAGCCACAACUACCACAGCUAGUUUUUUUUUACUCGUGAAUAUUAUUAGGAACAAAUAAAGAGCUUGGGCUACCUGUGCUUUGAAUGGCAUUUUUCGUCAUUUUUGCAAGUUGCAGGAAAAAAUGCCUUCACGAUCCACGACAGAAGAUAACUGUUGUCCUCCAGUUGCCACUCAAUGACAAGAGAAUGGGACACCAUAAAACAUUAAAUAAAGUUGUUUAAAAGAAAAUUCGCCUUUUUAACACAUUGACCAAACACUAACAUCCCAAUACAAAGGCUGUUACACGAGGCAUUUUUCCGGCAACUUGUAACGCAAUUUGUGUUGCGUUGCCAGUGCAAGAAAAUUACGUGUGUGACUUUCAAUCUUUUGUAAUUGCCCUGUGCUUUAUCAUGUUUCUGCAACCUCCAUUUUUUUUCUUCGUAUUGUUGCAUUCCAGGUUUCAGAAAAUUUGCCUUAGGGUGUAACAGGGUAGUGUAAAUACACAAUUAAACAUGAUUGAUAUAACGUUUGAAACGUUGCCUUAAAACGUAACAGGGCAGUGUCAAUAAACAAUUAAAUACGAUGGAUAUAACGUUUAAAAAACUCGUUUUCCCGAUUGCCCAUUUUGAGUGGUUACAUUGGCAAAGUAUUGUUAAGGCUUAGAUUUCCUAAUUUCCUUUAGUGCAACUCUUUUAAAACAGGACCCCUUCGAUAUCAUAUAGUGUCCGUGGUAGCCAGAGCGCAUGAUGUGUCAGACAGAGGUUGGACCUUUCACUUUUUCUGGAAAAUGCACGAAUCUAGGGAAAGAAAAGGAAAUAAAAAUUCUAAUAAGAGCCAUGAAA